UUGAAAAAGCAGAACUCCGGUCGACGCUGUUUUGCUCUGUUCUUUUCUUUUUUGCUGAUUGUACUUUAAUAAAAGACACUUUGAGUAAAGAAUCUCAAAGAUUAUUUUUCCUCUCCUCCUCCUGCUGCAAGGUUUCACUCUGAAGAAUGGACGGUUUCUACUUUAACAACACCUCACAGGACCAAAGCUAUAAUCACAGGACAUCACAGGUGUGGUGACAUGCAUAAUCAUUGCCAUCAGCCUUCCUCUGACCCUGGUGGCCAUCUAUUCUCUUUAUUCUAUGGUGAGAAGUGAUCAUGUUGCUCCCAUCUACCUCAUCAACCUUCUCAUUACUGACGUCCUUCAGUUCUGCUGCAUGAUCGUUGACGUGGCACCAAAUGUGGAUGAGAAUAUAUAUUUCAUCUUCUAUUGUAUUUACUUCUCUGCUCUGUUUGCCAGUGUUUACUUCAUGGUCUGCAUCGCCCUGGAAAGGUAUUUGGUCAUCGCCCACCCACUGUGGUACCGCUCCAGACGAACCAUCAAGACCUCUGUGGCGGUCUGUGUCCUGGUCUGGGUCCUUUCUCUUGUCUGUGCUUUUCUUAUAUUUUUCUCUGGAGUUCUGAUCAGAUACAUUAUCUUCCCUAUCCUCCUCCUCCCCCCCUUCCCACUGUUAAUAUUCUUCCUGGUUGGGACCCUCAAAGCCCUGUCUGCUACCAUUUCGGUUCGCUCUGAUGAAAAACGACGAAUUGUGGGAAUUUUAGUUCUGGUGCUGCUUAUUUACACGCUGCUGUUCCUGCCCAGAAUCAUUUGGUGCCUGAAAGUAUUCAAUGACAAUACCCUAGAAGACUUGAGACUCAACAGCCUGUCUUUCAUCUUUGUCAGGUUCAGUCCUGUUGCAGACUUGUUCCUGUAUGUCUUCAUGAGGAAAGGGACCAUAGACAAGCUUUUGGCCUCUGUGUGUUGCUGCAGAAUGGACAGCAAUGAUAUCAGCAGUCCAUCAGUAUGAAUGAUGACAACAUUUCCACAGUCAGCUUCAUGUAGUC